UUGUCCUUGGGAUUCCAAUUUGGUAGUCCCUCUCUCUCUCUCUCUCUCUCUCUCCCCCUUCUGAGACGCCAUUGCAGCUCUGUUCAUAAAGUCAUCAAGAACCAACGAAAUUUAUCUCCAUAAAUUCUCUCCCAGCUUCUCAAGUUUCUAUACCAGCCAAAAAAAAAAUUCAAUCUUUUUCAGUUUUUGUUUGAUGGGUUAUCUUUCUUGCAAAGCUGAAUCCUCCAUUUCCAUUUCCAACUCCCACGCCCGUUCGUCGUCGUCGUCGGCGGCGGCUUCCAAGAACCAACGCCCCCUCAAGCAAGAACGGGAGAGGCCGAUCAAGAUUCAGCAGUUCGAAUACAGCGACGUCGAGGCGGCCACCGAUGGGUUCUCCGACCAGAAGCUGCUCGGCAAGGGCAGCCACGGCUACGUCUACAAGGCCUUCCUCCGCGGCCGCCACGUGGCCGUCAAGAAGCCCUCCAAGGGGCUCGAGAUCGUCUCCGAGGUCGACAACGAGCUCGAGAUCCUGUCCAAGAUCCAGAGCCCCCGGCUGGUCAACCUCGUCGGCUUCGCGAGCGACUCCAAGAACCGCCUCCUGGUCGUGGAGUUCAUGAGCAACGGUACGCUCUACGACAUCCUUCAUUCCAACACGCGCGUCUUGAAUUGGGGUCGCAGGAUUAGGCUGGCCCUGCAGAUCGCCAAGGCCAUCGAGACCCUUCAUACUCAGAACCCACCUAUAAUCCACAGAGACAUAAAGUCUGCUAACGUGUUGAUAGAUAGGAACUUCAAUGCUCGUUUGGGCGAUUUUGGAUUGGCUCUCAGAUGUCACGUCAAUGAUUUUAGGCUCCUGUCCACACCCCCAGCUGGGACUCUUGGGUAUCUUGAUCCGCUCUAUGUGACCCCUGAUAACUUGAGUACUAAGACUGAUGUGUUUAGCUUUGGGAUAUUGCUGUUGGAGAUUAUCAGUGGGAGGAAGGCCAUCGAUGUAUCGCACUCGCCGCCGUCCAUCGUGGACUGGGCAAUCCCCUUGAUUAAAAAGGGAAAGCUCCCUUGUGUUUAUGACCCGAGAAUGGCGCCCCCAAAAGAUCCCGUUGUCAGGAAGCAAAUAGCUGUUAUAGCUGCCAAGUGCGUGAGACCUUGUAGAGAGAGGAGGCCGGCGAUGAAGGAGAUUGUUGAUUGGUUGACCGGGCUGAGCAAAUUGGUUCCCCUUCAUUCGUGGAAUGGGUUUAACAAUCCGUGCCUCAUGGUGGAGACGAUGGGACGGCCGGUCGAAUCCAGGAAUGUGCAGAAUAAUUCUAGAUUAGAUAACACGGACACGGGGUAUCUAGAUGCUCUGGAUGGGAAAUUUUCCAAACCAGCGAUGAGAAAUUCACGAAGAGUGUACUCGGAUUUGGGGUUCAGGAGUGACUUGAUGGAUCUCAUGGCUGCUAAUACAGAUGAAGAAUCUGAAGUUCAGGGGGAGGCUAGGGGACUUGAGCCUACUUCGAAAUUGCCAAACCAGUCAUACAGUUCUAGAUUCGGUAGCGGAAGAUAUGUGACCAGGGUAAGAACUCAAUCUCAAUCCCGCCGUCGCAGAGAUGAUGCUGCCUUCAUUGUGAGGAAAAACCGUUCGGUCGGGGGAAGUCCCAAAAACUUUCCAGCCAUAGAUGAUUCGGUGGCUCGUUCACAAACUCAGUCAUUAGAGCUUGCUCACGAACUGCAUUGAUGUAGAUAUCGUGUCAGAUCUUCCUCAAGAAAGAGGGUUCUGGUGUCUCACCACACCUUCCAUAGGAUGUCAAUUGUACUUGUUACCGAUCUUCAUACCUGGAUGCUGCAAAAAUUGUGUACGAGGAAAUUGCUAUUUAAUACAAAGAGAGCGCUAGGCUGACUUUCGAAGUCCUUUAA